AUGUUACAACAAGAUAAUACUAAAAAAAAGUUUUUUAAAUUCUAAAGCACUUUUAAAUUGCCAAAUGAGACUUUAGAGAUCUCAAUUAAUUAUAAUGAUACUAUUUUAGCAAUUUCAGAUUUAAAAAACAUUCAACUAUAUUAAAUAUUGGAGUUUUAGUUUAUUUAUCAUAGUACUCUAGAAGGACAUUAAGGAGGAAUAACUACAUUAUUAUUUAGCACACAAAGUAAUACUUUAUUUUCUGGAGGAAGAGAUAAAAUAAUAAUUAUUUGGAAGGAAAUUGAUAAUCAAUUUACUAUUUUUCAAUUAAUUAAAGAAAACACAGAUUGGAUCUAAUAAAUAGCAGUAUUUAGUAAUGAUUGCUAUUUUAUUUCAACUUCUGAUGAUCAUUCAAUUAAAUUAUGGAGUUAAUCAAAUACUUAAUAAUGGUCUUGCAUUCAAACUAUUCAAAAUGAAGAAUGGGAUCCUAGUUAUGUUUCUUUUAAUAAAUAGUAAAAUUUAGUGGUUUGUGUUACUAAGUAUAAUUAAUUUGCCAUUUGGAAUUUUCAAAAAGAUAUCUUAAAAAAAAUACAAGCUGUAAAUUUGGAAAAUUUUAAAUCUAUUUAAUAAAUAUUUUUUUCAGAAGAAAAUUUGAUUUUCAUAUUAACAUUAAUGCAAACAAUAGAAAUUUGGCAAUAAAAUAAUGAAAAUUUCCUCUUUGAAAAAAAGUCAUCAUUUUUUUGUUAAAAAUAGUAAUAUUUUAUUCAUUUUAAUAUAAAUCUUUAAUAUUUAGCAGGUUUAGAAGCUGGAUCUGCUAUUCAAAUUUAUCAUUUGGAUUAGAAUAAAGAAUUGUAAUAAAUUUAAACAAUUGAUGGUAACUAUUAAGCUUCAAUAACUUCAAAUUUAAAUGGAGUUCAUUUAAUAAUCAUAAAGGAUUAUAAUUGUUUAGAAUCGUGGUAAUUUUAAAACUGA